UACAAUUGGGCGGUGCAAAUCUCAGACAAAAGUCAAAUCGUUUGAAGGUGUGCGCUAUUGCAUCUCUAAUGAGCCCUCAAACCACCAUGGUGAACUCUUUGCUCCCAUCCCUUCCAAACUCACGCACGUUGUGCCCUCCUCUCCGCCCCAGGAUCUGCUACAGCUCCCACGCCGCUUACUCCCAGAGCAAACUGGCCCUGGUCCUCUUCACAUACCACCUGCAGGAGCAGCUGACGGCCGGCGGUUUCCCGGUGACCGUGAACGCUGUGGACCCCGGCAUGGUGGACACGGCGCUGUACGACAACCUGUGGAGCCUGGCGCAGGCCAUGAAGAAGCCUGUGGCCAAAACACUGUUCAGGUGUUGACAGAUGACAUCUGGGAACUGCAGGUUGUGGACCCCUGUGCUGCAGUGCUGACAAGCCUGCAAAAUAGUGACACAGACACUGCAUCAUCUGACACUGAUUCAGAGGAGCAUCCUCACAUCAGUUUAAGUUUAAGUUUCACAGACUUAAAACAACACUACAACCUCAUCAAUGUGGGAAACUUGAAUUUGUGACACGGCAACAGUCAAAGUCAAAGGACUGGUACACCUAUAGGGCUGGUUGAAUCACAAGCACUAAAUUACACAAAUUGAUCACAACUGACAAGAUCAGCAAAACAUACCUAAACGAUAUAAUGCAGUAUAAAAGAACAGAAUUAAAUGUCCCGUCUGUGCUUUGGGGUAAGAACAUGGAGGAAACAGCAAGACAAGCCUACACUGCAUAAAUGUCCCAAAGCCAUCCAGAUUUCAGCAUCAGCUCAUGUGGCUUAGUAGUGAAACUUUCUGAUCAUCACCAGAUGGGAUAGCAAGAUGUACCUGCUGUGGCAAAGGAGUGGUAGAGAUCAAGUGUCCCUACAAAUACAGCGAAAGCCUUCAAGGAUGUAAAAAAGAUGAGCAGUUUUAUCUGGACAUGUCAUUCACAUUGAAGCAUUCACACACAUACUACUAUCAAUGUCAACUUCAUAUGUUGGUGUGUGAUGUUAAAUAUUGUGACUUUGUGCUGUGGUCCAAGGAAAAGUUAAUUGUGCAACGUAUCCAAAGGAAUGCAGAGUUUUUGAAGGAAGCACAAAACGUCUUCAUCUCGAGUGUGUUGCCUGAACUACUGACAAGAAGACAUGACCCUGUCUUGGUAUCACAGAGAGCCUGCAAAUGCUGUGAAAGGACCACAUUCACUACACCUGUGCACACAUGAAAAGGAAGCCAGCAACAUGGUUAUGUAGGGAAUGUCUGAAAGAUGAUGUUUGAAUGAUUAAAUUUAGGACUGGGAAAUGUUCUGUAUUGUGUUAUGAAUCUGGUCCAUAUUACCCAGACCUACAUGUAUUGUUUUCCUUAAUUUUUUCCCCUACAUUCAUUCUUUUCCAUCAUUCUUUCCUACAUUUAUUCUUAUUUUCCAC